AUGGAAAGCGGUCCCAAGCUUCAACAAGACAUUCAAAGUUUAUUGCUCAGAUGGCGAACGUACCGCUAUGUAUACACAGCAGACUGCGAGAAGAUGUACCGCUGUAUUUUGCUGGAUCCUGAACAACAACACCUGCAAAAAAUUCUGUGGCGAGAUAAUAUUCAAGAUCGUAUCAAAGAAUAUCAACUGUGCACCGUGACGUACGGUAUGAAAGCCGCUCCAUAUCUAGCUAUGCGUACGAUGCAACAGCUAGCAUUUGACGAUAAAACUAAAUUUCCGCUUGCUGCUGAAGCCCUGACUCAUGAUUUUUACGUCGACGAUUUGUUAAGCGGCAGCCAUUCGAUUGACCACGCAAGAGAAGUCCAAAGACAACUUAUCGAGAUGUUACAGGGCGCUAAAAUUAACCUUAGAAAAUGGUCGAGUAAUUGUCCGCAAUUACUUGCACACCUGAAUACCGAACAAAUAAAUCCGACAACAAUAGACUUCAAAAAUGCUCACUCUACAAAGGCGCUCGGAUUACGGUGGAACCCCGCUACUGACAUGUUUACAUUUCACUCGAUUGAAGAAUAUGACGAAUCGGUCCUUUGUACCAAACGUAUAUUACUAUCGAAUAUUUCAAAAAUUUUUGAUCCACUGGGAUGGCUAUCUCCGCUCACCAUUAGAGCCAAACUAUUGUUUCAAAAACUUUGGUUGAUAUCUAUGGAAUGGGAUGACGAAGUUCCACUUGAGAUACAGCAAGACUGGAACAAAAUCAGAGAAGAUCUGAAACACAUUGACAAGUUCUACAUACCCCGGUGGAUUGGGAAUCUCUAUACGUCUGUCGAGGUACACGGAUUCUGUGAUGCAUCUGAACGAGCUUAUGCUGGCGUCAUAUACCUCAAAUCACAAAAUGACAAUGGACAAACUAUCGUUAGAAUAAUCGCAUCAAAGACAAAAUUGGCGCCUCGCAAGAAUACUAUGACUUUGCCGCGACUUGAGCUAUGUGGCGCUCUAUUAUUAUCCAAAUUAAUGACAAAAGUUUUGAAGGCUCUUCAAACAUCUGACGUUCCCAUUUUCGGAUGGACUGACUCUUUGGUGGUUUUGGGAUGGCUCCAAGGCCACCCCUCUCGCUGGAAGACUUUCGUCGCUAAUCGCACUAAAGAAAUCUUAGAUGUCAUGCCGUCAUCGUGCUGGCGUCACGUAAGUUCCAAUGCCACUGACUGCGCUACGAGAGGACUCACUACUUCACAGCUCACCGAACACUCGCUUCCACCUCGGAAAGGACCUGAGUAG